AUGGAUGAUGAUAUUAGUACUGAUGGAGUUUCAAGUGAUCCUGUUCCUAUUUCCGAAACGGAUUCCCGGGGACGACCCCAAGAAGAUAUUUGGAAAGAAUUUGACAUUAUAAACAAUGGAAGAGGAAAGCAUAAAGGAGCACGGUGUAAAUAUUGUGCUACAUCAUGGACUCGAGGAAGAGCUCAGGAUAUGAAAGCUCACCUUGAAAUGAAAUGUAAAGGGAAGGUACCAAGAGAAAUUCGACUUAGGGUACUUCGGGACCUUCAAAGUGAAGACGGGCCUACGCCAUCCGGAACAUCCACCAUAAAAAAAAGAAAAUCAGGCAAUUCUACGUUAUCUCUUGAAGAUUACUAUGAUACAAAAGAAGCCAUUGAUAAAAAUAAAGAAAAAAUGGCUAAUAAAUCAUUAAUUAAAUGGAUUGUGUGUUCUGGCAUUUCAUUUUCCGCCUUUGAUAAUCCUUAUUUUGAAGAUUAUACCAAAAUGUUAAACCCAGGAUAUGAUUCACCCAAGCGAACUACAUUGGCAACAUCAAUAUUGGAUGUAGAAGCAGCAAACAUAACAUUAAAGAUAGAAAAGGAACUAUCAAAAUCUAGGAACCUUACAUUGUGUGUAGACGGUUGGUGCAGUCCAAUGAAGCAUAGCAUAUAUGCCUUCGUUAUAAUGACAGAUGAAAAAAAACAAUAUAUCUAUUCUUUACGUGAUUUUUCUAUGUUCUCUCAUACAGCCAAGUUUAAUGCGGAAAAAAUAAUAGAAGUUACAGCAAAAUAUCCACAUAUCUUACCUAUUAGAUGCAUUGCACACCACAUACAAUUAAUCUCUAGUAGUAUCUGUCGUUUGCCACAUACGCGAAAUGUCCUUUCUAACUGUCAAAAAAUUAUAAGUUUUUUUAGGAAUUCUUAUAUUGCUGGUGCUGCCCUUAGAGAAGAAAUUAUAUGUUCCUUCACGGUUGGUGGAAAUUUAAAGUCUAGCAUUAAAACCCGAUGGUCAACAGUAUGGGAUUGUUGUGAAUCAAUUUUACGUAAUGAAGCGAACAUUCGAUCGAUUUUAGAACAAGACCCUCAAAUUUUUGAUCAUGCAAGUGCCGUAAAAAAUCUAAUAAUUGAUCGUCAAUUUUGGAUUGACGUAGAACAAUUAAGAAAUAUUCUUGGCCCAGUAAAACGGGCUGUAAAAAACGUAGAAUUUCGAACUACCUUAUUGGCUGAUGUUUUCGUUGAACUAGUAAAAAUGGCAAUCGCAAUCCAAGAAACUUCCAUUCUUUAUAAUGGCCAGUUCCGGCGUGAUUGCAUUGCCAUUUAUAAUAAACGGUGGAAAGAAUUUGAUAUGGAUCUGUAUCUUUUAUCAUUUUUUUUGCAUCCAACUUACCGCGGUGAUUUCCUUGAACCUGGUAUAUAUACAAACCAUGUUCUUAAAAAAGCUUUAGAAAUAUGGAAGCAACAAUUUGGAGGUGGUCGAAUUAGUGCAGAUCUUUUAAAAACUCAAAUGAAUUUAUACAAAAACCAAAAGUAUCCCUUUAAAGAUAAAUUUAUUGCAUCCACUGAUACAAUUACUAAUUGGUGGAUGUCUAGAGAUCUUAAAAGAAAUGAAGACCAUAUUAAAAAUCUUGCUGAAAAAGUACAUUCUAUUUCCCCCCAUAAUGCUGCUUGUGAGCGUGUCUUUAGCAUACUAGGGUGGUAUUUCGGAAAAAGGCGAACUAAGCUAAGCAUUGAACGCCUAGAGAUUAUGGCUCAAAUGCAUUCAUAUUUGAUUGAGAAUACUAAGUCAGAGCUUAAUUAUGUGAAUCCAAAUUUUCCUCAAGAGGAUUACUUAUCAAUUUUCAACAAAAUCGCAAGUUCCAUGAAAGACGGCACGGAUUUAUUUGGUGAGGAAGAGUCGAUUUCUUUUUCGGAAGAGCUUACGGAAGAACUGAUGGAAGAGCUGAUGGAAGAAGACAUGGAAAUUCUUUCGGAUGAACCAGAUGAUUUAGAUCAAGAAAACUCCACAAAUUUAAACAUAGAAAAUUUCAUAAAUUUACAAUCAAAAUUAGAUAUUGAUGAGUCUUUAGGUGUAAAUGAAGAAAUUGUACAUGGGGAUAAAGAUUUUGAUGUAAAUGAUUUGCUUUAUUGA